UCAGAACAGGUUAUGUACACUUUUGAAAGUUGCGUGUUACGAUAUGUGUUGUGUUACAAUCUUCCUCAAUCUUGAUUGUGUACUAUUUUAAGUGACAAAGGAUGGAAUUGUUACACUUUGCAUCAGCAUCAUGGAUGAAGUUGAUGUAUUAAGUUCAAAUCCAAAGUAUGCAGAGUCUGCUCAUUUGGAACCAAGGAAUGGAAUAUCAGCAUUACCUUGUUCUGUCAACAGUACCCUUAAAUUUGAGUCACAGAAUUUGGAACAAGUGCAUGAAAGUGUGUUUAAUAAUGAAGAACUUAAAAAUAUCAGAGAGUUGAUUCUUACACAUACUGACAUACAGAAUUUACCAAGUAGUUUCACGGCCAACUUGGGAAAUCUUAUUCGCUUGAAUCUUGAAGAAAAUAGACUUGAUCAGCUACCACUAAAUAUGAGAAAUCUCUUGAAGUUGCAGCAUUUGAACAUUUCUCAUAAUUGCUUUAAGGUUUUAUCAGAAGAAAUUGGAUAUCUGGUAACGUUGCAGACUUUAAGGUUAGAAAGUAAUAGUCUUGUUGAAUUGCCAGAUAGUGUGUGUAGUCUUGUGAAUCUCCGGCAACUUUGCAUCGCUAACAACAACCUCAGAAUCUUACCAAGUGAAAUCAGCAAACUUGUGAAGUUAGAGAAGUUGGAUGUUUCUGGCAACAUUCUGGAAGAUUUGCCGGAAUCCAUGUCUCAACUUACAAAUCUGUGUCACUUUAGUGCUGCAUCAAAUAAGUUAUCAUAUCUGUCUGAAAGUUUCACUCAUUUAAAUAAACUUACAACAUUAAACCUUUCCUACAAUUCAAUGUAUGAAGUGCCAUAUUGCCUCUUCACUGGAUUACCAAAUGUAUCAGUAUUGUAUUUAUCACAUAAUUAUAUUGACAGUUUUAGUGAAGUACCAAACUGCUCCAACAAACUUAGAAGGUUGAGGCUUGACCAUAACUGUUUAUACACCAUACCUCGUUGGAUAUUUAGAGAUACAUGUAAACAUCUGUUAGAAUUUAACAUUUCUCACAAUAAAUACAUGAUUGGUGUCAGUAAUGAAGUCUUCAUUUCUGAAAGUAGUUUGAAGAGUUUAGAUCUUUCUGACUGUAGUCUUACAACUACAUGUGUCAAAUUUUUGCAUGGACUGAAAAGUUUGGAAUAUCUGAACAUGGGAAAUAGUAAAUGUGUGAAUAAUGAACUAAAUGGAAAUUCUGGUAAUAUUUUCUGGGACAUACCCAUUAGUGAGCUGAGAAACAGCUGCAAUCUCCAGGGUUUGAUCCUUUGCGGCGUAGGACUGGGAGCUCUGCCGGAAGACAUUAUCCAGUUGAGUCAGUUACAACACUUGGACUUGUGUUCAAAUGAUCUUAAUUGGCUGCCAGAUUCAUUUUGUAGCCUAAUUCGGUUGAAAUCAUGCCUCCUGUCAAACAAUGCGCUGGAAUUGUUACCAAUGCAACUAGGAAACUUGGAGGCGCUGAAAGAACUCCGCUUAGAUGGCAACAAGCUUUAUUCAUUGCCAGAGAGUAUGACAAGACUUGAACAACUUGAAAUUCUGGAUCUUUAUGGUAACACAUUAGAAGAAGUACCAGGAAUCUUGAAUAAUAUGCCCAGUCUUAAAGGGCUGGAUUUGGAAUACAAUUGCUUUGAUGUAUUAAAAUCUCUAAAGGGUGACAACUUCUUAGAUAAAUACAUUUAUAUGAAAUGUAAUAUACGAUCAAGACUGACAUCGAUCUAUCCACCAAGGAUGGAUUGUGAGAGGCCACCACUGGAUUGUGAUAUGUGUCUUUCUGGAGAUGAUAAAAGUUCAAAUACUUUUGAUGAAGAAGUAGAGAUUGAAAACAUUCCUGAUGAAAAUGACAGUCAUUCAUACGUAUGCAAAGAAGAAGAAGAAGAAGAAGAAGAAAACUGGGAUGCCACAGAUGAAGUCAAUGACAACUUUGAUCCAACAUUUUUACCCCUGUCUCCGCGAAAGAAAGUACAGCAUCACCGUGCACUCCUCGUGAUGGAUUCUCUCAUUUCUUCUUCAGACAAUUUCUGCCCCGCAGACAUUCACGUUCCUCCAGUGAAAACUUUUCCGAGGCCUAAAUGCGCCUCGAACUUGUCAUUUCAGGCAGUUGAGGGACAGUUCGAUGAUGUAUCCUCUGGAUAAUAAAGUUCACUGAUAACGACAGUUGAGAUAUAGGCAUGUCUGUUGUAAUUUAGUCGUAUUCCUUCAGGAGUGUCUUAUCUCUUGUAUUUAUAGACUUAUCAUUUUCUGUCAGUAUUUUCAUGGAAGUCAGGAUAUAGCUGUUACAAAGACAGUACAAAGCACCGAUCAUAACACACUUAAAGUAUGAGAAACAUGUAAGGAGCUGUCUCUGCAUUCAGUGCAUUGAAUCGUAAAUACGUCAGAACGUACUUGUAUACUAUAUCCUGUACGCAAUGUAAUCACCUCCGAAUCAGUUUUCCAGUUGACGAAACAGACUGUUAAUUGUGGUACUGUAAUUGGCUGUGUUCAGAUGGCGUGACAACGCUGUGGUUUGUUACGGUAUCUGUACGUUCAGACAACCGUCACUAAAGCAGCUUCUUCACCAAAGCAUACAGAACAUAAUCACUUAAGUAUUGGAUCAGGGAUAAGGAAGAUAUGCCAACUAUGCCCUGCCUUAUACUGCAUCAUCACAAUGAUAAUGGGGAUCCCUAAUUUUAAUGUAGGAAUAUGUCACUCCAAUGAUUUUGAUAGCGACACAGGACAGGUUGCAUCUUAAAAACUGUAAAGUUGUUGUGACAUGUGGCAUGAUAUAUGUUUCUUGUGCUCUCUUUAUUGUGUGAGUUGUUGAGCCAAGCGAGCUUAGUUUGGGCUGAACAGGAUUUGAUUCCUGAUGAGGGUAGGGACUUACCAUUUUCCCAUUGUGUCCACGAGUAGCUUUCUCCCCAGGGAUAAACCGGCAUGCCAUAAAAUAAAUUGGCAGUAUAUGUCUGUGUUUUAUUUAUUAAGUUUUAUCUUUUAUUAGAGAAGGUAUUGGUUUGUUGUACCGUUAUGUAGUGCUAGAAAACAGUCCCUCGAAAUUGGUAACCAAUUUUAUUGUGGUUAGUAAUAAAACUGUAUCAAAAUAUGUAAGCUUUAGAAAUGAAAGACAUUUGAUACUAUUCUGGAAAUUAUCCAUUUUAUCUGAGCUGGAAAUGGGAUGGCAUUAUUUACCUGGAGACAUGAAUGUAGAAAUUACAUCAGUAUUAUAUUUUUGCUUGUAAUUUAUGUGUUGCAAUAAUAUGAUGUACUGAUACAGCAUAUUGUAACUUUUUUAUGAAACAAGUCUUGGGUGUUGUGUGUUA